AUGUGCGCAGGCUGAUUUGUGGAGGUGUGUGUGAGAGCUGAAGGACUAUGAGCAGCAUGCAGCUGGAGACUGUGUUUGUGUUCAUGUGCAUCUGUCUGAUGGGCACUGCAGGAAGAGCCUCUCAUAAACGAGGUCACAAACUGGAGAGCUACAAACAAAGCAGAUUACGCAGAGAAACAACACAAGUGGAUGGAGCAAAUCACAAGUCUGGCAGCCUGAUCUUCAGAAGAAGUCCAGACAUGACUAAAUCUCCUAUGACCAAAUCAGAGCAGCUGUUGAGGAUAGACGAUCAUGAUUUCUCAAUGAGACCAGCAUUUGGAGGACCUCCUAUACCAGUUGGUGUGGAUGUUCAGGUCGAGAGUCUAGACACCAUCUCUGAGGUUGACAUGGAUUUCACCAUGACUCUGUAUUUGAGACAUUAUUGGAAAGAUGAGCGUCUGUCAUUCCCGAGCACCAACAAUCAGAGCAUGACAUUUGACAGCAGGCUUGUAAAGAAGAUCUGGGUUCCUGACAUGUUUUUCGUUCAUUCCAAAAGAUCUUUCAUUCACGACACAACAACAGAUAAUGUGAUGUUACGUGUGUACCCUGAUGGAAAUGUUCUCUACAGUCUCAGAGUGACGGUGACAGCGAUGUGUAACAUGGACUUGAGUCGAUUUCCUCUGGACACACAGACCUGCUCAUUAGAGAUCGAGAGCUAUGCAUACACUGAUGAUGAUCUGAUGUUGUACUGGAAGAAAGGCAAUGAGUCUCUGAACACGGACGACAGGAUUUCUCUGUCUCAGUUUCUCAUUCAGAAGUUCCACACAACAACUAAACUCGCUUUCUACAGCAGUACAGGCUGGUAUAAUCGGUUGUACAUUCAUUUCACACUGCGUCGGCACAUCUUCUUCUUCCUGCUGCAGACAUAUUUCCCUGCGACACUGAUGGUCAUGUUGUCCUGGGUGUCCUUCUGGAUUGACCGCAGAGCCGUUCCUGCUCGAGUUCCACUGGGCAUCACAACAGUCCUGACGAUGUCCACCAUCAUCACUGGAGUGAACGCGUCCAUGCCCAGAGUCUCCUACAUCAAAGCUGUGGACAUCUACCUGUGGGUUAGCUUCGUCUUCGUCUUCCUCUCGGUCAUCGAGUACGCCGCAGUGAAUUACCUGACCACCGUACAGGAGCGACGAGAGAGGAAACUCAGAAAUCAUUUGCCGUGCACGUGUGGUAUAGCAAACCCUGACGAGGACAUAAUGAUGACGACCUGCUACAGUGAUGUGGAUCCAAACACAAACGGGAAUUAUGGAAUGCCUGAGAAUGGUGGGAGACAGGAGAGGAUGUUGGCGCAGCUCACACUCGCCGAUUCGCAGAGAUCGAGUCCAGUGAAAACAUCACGUGGUUAUGUCAACAUCUGGAUAGACACUCACGCUAUAGACAAAUACUCUCGAGCGAUCUUUCCUGGUGCGUACACGCUCUUUAACAUCAUCUACUGGUCCAUCUACUCCUAACCUCUAGACCAGUGAGGAGAACCGCUUUAAACCAGCAGACUCAGGACUCGAGAACUGUAAGAACAUUCAACGAUCUUGAACUCUUUGUAUUUAUGUGUUAAUAUUGUUAUUUAAUGACUAAUGACCACUGACAUUUACAGAAAUCUAAAGCAAUCCAUAGUAACAAAUAUGUCUUCCCUUCCCUAUAUGGAGGGUAAAAUGAAAUAUUUCUGGUUCAAUACCAGUUCAUCUCAAUCAGCAGCAUUUGUGACAUUAUAUUGAUUACCACAAAUGUUUAAUUUUGACCCUCCUUUUCUUUAUUAAAAUUGUAGUCAUAAAAUCACUUACCACAGCUGUGGAAACGUAUUGACAAUUUUCCAACUUUUUUACUAUGGUGAUGUGAUCAAACCCUAAAACCUUAAACUGUCAAUAAAAAUGAUAAUUGCUCAAAUAAUACACAAGAUUUAACAGAAAAAUUAAUGGAAUCUUGACAUUUCUGCUUUUAAAACCUCCAAAAAUGGCUCCCAUUGACUUCCAUUGUAAGUGUCUCACUGGAACACACAUUUGUGCUUUUUAAAGGACAAGAUGAAAUUAUUUUUGUGCUAAUCAACAUUAUGACACAAAUGCUGCUGAUUGAUCUUCACUUGUAUUGAACCGGAAUAUUCCUUUAACUCUUUUUCAUUUUCAUGUUUAUAGUUAUCGGCAGGGGACUCAACAACAGUAGUCUUCACCUUUCAAAAGUCCAUUCAUUCAUAUUGAGGGAAGGGUUGGCCAAAAUAAAUGCUAUAAAUGAUGGUAAAAUUGGCUUAAGUGUGUGGAGCAUUUUUAACAGCGUUCAGGAGUAUGUUUGACAGGAAAAUGUACAACAAGAUGUUGAUUCUGUGAGAGGACAUUAUGGAAGAAGAAGAGCACGUCUUACUUUGCAGUGACAUGCCGAUAACCGUAACCCUGAAAAUAAAGAGUAAUAAAUAAAAAACACUAAUUAAAACAAAGAUAAUGCUAAAAUGAAAUACAAGGGAUGUUCAGUGAUUUGAAUGAUUUUGUAGUUUAAAUAUUUCAUUCUGAUUCAUUUGUUCUUCCAUUCUUCUAAAAUAAGAGAGAGAAAACACUUAAAGUCAGAUUACUGACCUAGAAACAGCUCACCUUUUAAAAACAUUUCAUUGUCACACUUCUUUUUGAAAAUACUAAAAUAUAUACCACUGUACUACUUUCCCAAGAAUGGAGAAACAUCUGUUAUUUGAAAUGUUUUUCCUCUAUGUAUGUAUAUAUAAUGCAUUUGCUAGUCUUGCAAGUUUAGUUUAAUAUAAUAUUCUUCCUAAAAAAAUAACAGAAAUAUAAAAUAUAUAUGUAACAUAAUAAUAGAACAUUUAGUUGUACAAAAAUAACUUCCUUGAUAAAUGCGUUUUGUAUUGCAAUGUUUUUGUAAAUGUAAUAUUUAAUACUUUGCUGUGUAAUGGGAAACAGGUGUAUACUAUAUAUUUUUUAUUUACACGUAUCUUAUAAAGCAUUUUUGUUUGUUUUUCAUGCUGUAUUUUGGAUGGGCUGAACAUGUAACCAUAGGUUAGGACCCCCCUAAAAUAUCAUUAAAAUAUGUGUAUUGUAAAUAAUAUAAUUGUUUAAGAAAUAAAAUAAUACAAAUGCAAACGGGGCAACAACAAAAAACCCUUCAAAAAUUGCUCUUGAGAAUUGUUAUGUUUAUUGUCCCCCCAACAUUUUGAUGAAAUUUUCGCCCCUGCAUGUAACCUCUUAAUCCUUCUGAAAUAUACACUACAUGACCUUUGUAUGUUCCCUCAACAGUCGAGUAAUCUCUAGUAAUCUACUGUGUGUCUGUUAAUGCAUCAUGACAUUUGUUAAAAGUGUAAUCUUCAUGAGCACCAAAGACCUUUUUGGACAAUGCAUGAAAUAUUCUCACUGUACUUUGAGAGAAUUAUGAAAAGUGCAUAUUGUUUUGUUGUGACAUGUCUCAUACAAUCAUAAAGUUGUUUCUCAUGAUAUGUUGGGAUUGUAAUGACAGUCAUAAAAAACACAUCACCUCAGUGCACUGCUAAAAACCUUCAAACGUAUACAA